CGCCGAAGGAACCGAAUUACCGCAUACCUUGCAGACGAGGCAGCGCGGGGGAAGACGAGGGAUAGGAAAGCCUUUCUCCAGACGAGCACGGACGGCUUCUGUUCCGCUCGGAGGAGCACCGCGGCGUCUCGGCCCUUGUGGCCGCAUCUCGCGGGCUCUCGGCAUGCACACGGCGCGCCGCUGCUGGCCACUCGCCGGCGCGUCCAAGCGCGGCGGCGAUCCCACAGAGGGGAGGCGGCAAAAAGAGGAUCGGGGCACCACACGACACCCGACGUUUUGAAGGAACCACAGCGUAGAGUGGCAAGAAACGACUGGAGCUGCCCCGAUGUCAGGGGGAGGGGGCGUGCAUCUCUGCGCGUGGAGAAAAGGGGUCUGGAUGGAGAUGCCCUUGAAGACCUCCCUUCUCCACGGCGAGCCGUGCGCCUCGCGGGUCUUCGCCCGCACACGGCACUGGCCGCUGGCCGCGCGGCGCUACCGCCGCGCGACCCAGGCCAGCCGCGGCACUGGCGGCGACGCCAGCGGUUCCGCCAGCGGAGAGAAGGAGGAAGAGGAGCAGAAAAAGAGGAGGAGGAGGAGGAGACGAAGAGGAACGAGAGGAGAAAGAGGAGCAGCAGGACGCUAGGGCAUGUACCCAGACCGCUUUCGCCAGUGCGCAGCGUACAGCGAAGGGUUAAAAGCGAAACGAAUUCAACUAUUAAAAAAUCUGCGUUUAAACAGUCGAUCCUCUCAGUGAGGCCGUCCUUUGCGGAUCCGACUGAAUAUACAGGUUAAAUUAGCCAUGCAAACAACUGCUCGAUGUUUAUACCAGCUGAUCCUCUCAGUGAGGCCGGACUUUGCGCCUCCAGCUGGUUUAAACACAAAAGUUGAACAGAUGUUUAGCUGCACGCUGCCAAGCUGCUGGGAGGAUGUAGAGAGGAGAGAAAAGAGGUUAAGAGGAGGAGGAGGAGGACGAGGAGGGAGAGGGCGGCCGGAGGCAGCUUCUGUGCCCCCCGGGGCCCCUCGGAGCCGCUGCGUGCCCGAGGAGGCGGAGGAGGAGGAGGAAGGGCAGGCGGGCGAGGAGGCAAACGAGAGUGAGAGACAGAGAGGACGAGAAGCAGGGCAGCGAAGGCUCCGGAGACUCCGAGCGGGCAGGCCCUCAGAGGUCCACGCCCCUCGAAAACACGCCUCCGCCCACCACCUCGAACUCGCCGCCCACGGGGUAGCCGCCCGCGGCCCACGCCGCGCGCAGGGCGGCCGCGCCCUCGGCCCCCACGCGGUUGCUCCAGAAAACGAGCCGCUGCAGGCUCGGCAGGGCGCCCGGGGCCCGGAGGGCCCCCGCCAGCGCGGCCGCGCCCUCGUCCCCCACGCGGUUGCUGCGGAGGUCGAGCGCCUGCAGGCUCGGCAGGGCGCCCGGGGCCCGGAGGGCCUCCGCCAGCGCGGCCGCGCCCUCGGCCCCCACGACGUUGCCGGCGAGGCCGAGCGUCUGCAGGCUCGGCAGGGCGCCCGGGGCCCGGAGGGCCUCCGCCAGCGCGGCCGCGCCCUCGUCCCCCACGCGGUUAUAGUCGAGGCCGAGCGUCUGCAGGCUCGGCAGGGCGCCCGGGGCCCGGAGGGCCUCCGCCAGCGCGGCCGCGCCCUUGGCCCCCACGCGGUUCUGGUUGAGGUUGAGCCCCUGCAGGCUCGGCAGGGCGCCCGGGGCCCGGAGGGCCUCCGCCAGCGCGGCCGCGCCCUCGUCCCCCACGAGGUUCUGGUUGAGGCCGAGCGUCUGCAGGCUCGGCAGGGCGCCCGGGGCCCGGAGGGCCUCCGCCAGCGCGGCCGCGCCCUCGUCCCCCACGAGGUUCUUGUUGAGGCCGAGCGUCUGCAGGCUCGGCAGGGCGCCCGGGGCCCGGAGGGCCUCCGCCAGCGCGGCCGCGCCCUCGUUCCCCGCGCGGUUGCCGGAGAGGAGGAGCACCUGCAAGCGCGGCAGGGCGCCCGAAGUAAGCACCGCGGCCACCUGCCUGAACUCCUCGUCCCCCCAGUCCAGCUGCGUGUACACCAGCCGCUCUGCGGACUCGAAGCGCUGCGCGAACGCCGACCGGUACAGCUCGGCAACCCGCGGGCGAUCGUCCUUGCCGUUCGUGAAGCCCUUGCUGUGGAGCUCCGCUUCGAAAGCGUCGGGCAAGGCGGGCGCCUUCCGCCCUGCGGAGCACCUGUGUACCAAGUACCCAUAGCUUGUCUCGUCUCCAGUGGCUUGUCCGAGGUCCACCAAAAGAAAAGAAACCUUCGUCAACAUUGCCCAUGAGGACUCGCAAAAACACCAACCGCGGUCGAAAUAGAGUGCAGUGUUGCCAGAUCGGGUGUAUACUCCAGGAUUGUCGUAAUCAUCGGGGAACCGUGUCAGCAUGAAUACGACUGUGGCAGGGUGGGAGUAGAAACUCCCAAGGCUGUCCAAGGCCUCCUUGAAGAGCUCACGCUCGCGCUCGAAGCGGCCGAUUGCGCCGGCCUCAAAGCACUCUGACCCUUCGAGCCGCUGAUACGUGCACCGCCGAGGGGCACCCCCGUGAUCCCUGCAGUUCUGAUGGAUGCAGAUGAAGUCCAUGAACACUGCCCAGCGGCCAGUGAAACUAGGAUCAGGAUCUGCGGACAGCAGCUGCAAAGCCCGGCCCAGGAUGCGCAGGUUGUGGCCGUGAGGGUCGGGGUGAUUAGCCUGCAACCAGCAAUGUGAGACACAAGCUAUGUGCAGCAGUGGAAGUAGUUCGCCCUCGCCAGUGGCAGCUUUGACCCCGCUGUGGGGCAUGAACGCAACCGGCGGCAAAGCCUGGCGCGGCUCGAGGGUUCCGCCGGAGCCCGCCCGCUCCACCACCCACUCCGCGUCCACCAGGACAACCGCCCCGCUGCCGAGCACGGGGUCGAGCUCAAAGCCGCCGAACUUUUCCCACAGCUCCUGCUUCCGCUCCGUCACUUCCACCUCCUCCAAUUCGGGCAGGUGCGGCUGCCGCGGACCCCCCGCGGCCUCGCUGGCCUCCUGCCCCACGGCGCUACCGUCGCAGCAACUCCAGCACAAGCACUUCGCAGCCAGCGCGCCGCCCUCGGGCGCCGACAUCUUGGAAGCCGCACGGAGGCCCAGGUGGCCCACCGCACCGCAGCGUCGCGCAGCAGAUGUGCGCAACAAGCAGCGGGUCACCAGAGGGUCAGAACUGGGGAAACCAAAGGUACCGAUACUGCUGCUCCCCGGACCUCUCCCGGAGUGCGUUCUGACCCAGAUUUCGAGGCGAGUCCAGCGGUGGCGACGAGGGCCUCCCAAGAGGCCGAGAUAAGGGAAAGCGAGGGAACCGCAGUGGUAAUGGGCACCUUUUCCUCCUCCGAGGAACUCCCGGUCUCUUGGGCCAGACU